UUUUUUUUUUCUGUUCAUUUAAUGACAUGAAUGAAUCUAUAGCAACCACAAGCAAUAAAGCUUCCAACGUAAUUCAAGUCCCCGAAUAUUAUUAUGCGGUUGACAUUAAUUACUUGACUCACAUGAUUGCUGACAUGCUAAGCAGACUCAUCACCCAUAACGACCUGAUACCUCUAACACCUAGCAACCUCACUCGCUUUCAUUCACGCACACCACCCAAUAUAUCUUUAAGCGAUUAUUUACGGCGCAUAGUCAAAUACACCUCUGUAGAAAAAUCCUGUUUACUGAUACUUUUGAUCUACAUCGACCGUGUUUGUGAGCUUCACCCACACUUUACUGUCUCUUCACUCACCGUUCAUCGAUUCUUAAUCACAGCGGUAACAGUAUCAUCCAAGGCAUUAUGUGAUUCUUAUUGUACGAAUUCACAUUAUGCUAAAGUGGGUGGCAUAUCCACGCAAGAGAUCAAUGCGCUCGAAUUGGAGUUUCUAAGACUCAUUGAUUGGCGUCUUUGCUCAACUGGACCGAUUCUUCAGCAGUACUAUGCCAAUUUAGUCGAACAACAUCCUUGUUAUGAACGCACCUUGAGUAUAUCAAAAAGUGGAUCUAAAGGCAAAAAACGACGAAGGAGUAGUGCAAGUGCUAUAGAGGCAAUACUAUCAGAAAAUAUAGAACAAGUGAAUGACGAUCUGUCAUCAUCAGAUACUGAAAAUAUAAAAAUAGAAGAAGAGAUAACACAAAAGCAUUUUGAUACAUUAUUGGAGGAUGACAGCAUACCCUAUAUUGCAUAAUAUAUUAUAAAAUGUGUUUUUUUUUUUUGGACCCUUCAUAUAAAGAGUGUUCAUGCGUAAAAAGGAUAAACAAAUAAACACCGAAGAUUAAAGUCACAGUCCCCUGUUUUUUUUUUUAUUAUUAUUAUUA